UCUCGGCUAACUAGACAUCAAAAGGCAAAAGUCAUGAUAUUAACUUGUUUUAAUUCAAAUAUUUUAUCACAUGUGGUUGCCAAUAUUUAGUUUUAACUUAAAGGGUCGGGACGUCUACAUAUUUGACAACGAGACAUAUUAUUUGUAUAUUUAUAACCACCGUGAGCGCAAUUAGCUCGCUAUAGCAGCUAUGUCAAAGUAGCGCUGGGUUUGGAAGUUGCUCAGUGCUAACACCGAGAGCUCCCUGAACCACCUGUGUUGUUUAUGCUUCAAACAUGUGUCCAGAUUUUUAAUUGUGAAUUCUGGAUUUCACGUGCCGCAGACCAAUGCACACCUCAACCCAGAGACAUCGUUGUCUUGUGUGUCUAGUUUAAACUGUAACCUCGUGUCUCCCAACUUUGUCGGUUACUGGACUCGCCGCAGUUGUUUUAAUCGGGAUGUUGGGGUUUGAGCGAUUCUCGUCGGCAUGGAUACAAACACAACUUCGUGGAUUUUUGGGUUGCCAGUAGGCCCUGUGGAAGUGUUGAACUACAGGUGCCCACAUUCUGCUGCAGGCGUGAGAGCACCAGGAUGAGGAGACUGUAGGCACCCGCCGUAGUAUGGCCGCGUCCCGUUCUUCGCGUGUCACAAGGUCAUCAGUGGGACUCAAUGGAUUGGAUGAGAACUUUUGUGGUCGUACCCUCAGGAACCGCAGCAUCGCCCAGCCAGAGGAGACUUCGCUGUCUCCGCUACCCAGGGCCCGCUCGCCCAAGAAAAGGCAGGAGUCGAAGCAGGAGUCGAAGCAGGACGGUAAACAGGAGUCCAAACAAGUGGUUAGGGACGAGUCAAAGCAGGACAAUAAACAUGAUACGAAGCCGGAGUCUAAGCGGGACUCUCAGCACGAUGGCCAGGAACAGGCCUCGUUGCCGGGAAAGCAAAGUGUGUCGAAGGCUUUACCAGCAGAGGUGGAGCAAUGGACCAGCUCCAGAAAGCGGGGUGUGUCUUGUUUAGAGAAGGACAUUACUCUGGAGAAGCCUGAGAACUGUGACACGGUGAAAGAGGUGCAGGAUGCCUCUCCUCAAAUCAAACGGGCCAAGCGGUGCUCCCGCUCUGGGGAGUCUCAGGGACAGGAGGAGCACUCAGAGCCUUUAAAACCUGAAAGCCCAGUGUCUGUCACCGAGGCUAACAAGGACAACACUCGCAGUGAAUUUUCUAGCCAAAACUUCGCUAACCCAGCUCCCUCCUCCCCCAUCAGCUGUAAAGAGGGUCCUGAGCUGAUGGUCGCCCAGGCUGAGGACGGUCAUGAGGAGUGUGACGGGGUCCCCCAGACCCUGAAUGCUCAUAAAGCUUCUAACGGACUAAAAGAGAAAAAGGCAGAGGAACCGUGCACAGUCACCGAGGAACCCUGUGCGAAUGCCACCUCUGCCAUCAGCCACCCUUUGCUGCUCAACGGUAGCCAGGCGGGGGUGCCCUCGUCCCCUGACCCUGCUGUGCCUUGUACAAACUCUGACCCUGGGCAGAUCGAGGUCUCGGGCUCAGGGGAAUCGCCAGCUUCUUCUGCACCAGCGCACGUGGCUGCUCCGGAGGACCCUGCACCCGAGCUAACAGUGGCCAAGGAACAGGAGGUGGAGGAGGUGGAGGUGGACGUAGUGGGUGAGCCCAUGUGCCUUGCUCAUGAGGAGCAGGUGAUGGAGAGCGACACCAAUGGCCAGCCACUCACACCAGUACAGGAAACCUCCCCCUUUAUCACUGCACCCAACUUGAACAGUAGUCCAAUCAACAAUGGUAACUCAGGAGAAUCCACACCCCCACUAGCAAAAACCCCCUCCCCCACAGAGCCAGGGUGCAACCCCUCCUCUGGCACGUCCCCCUGUUUCACAGAGCUCUAUGAACACAGAUACACCCUGCGGACGUCACCCAGGAGGGCUGCCACCUCCAAGCCCAGCUCCCCUCCCAGAGACAAUGGUCCCUUGAGGGAGGAGGGGGAGGUGGACGCGGGGCCAGAGGAGGACUGCCCCGCGGAGCAGGAACCUGCCCCCUCGGAGCAGGAACCUGCCCCCUCGGACUGUGUCGGCCCCUGUCACGAGGAGCAAGUGUCCACCUCCGAUCCCGAAGACACAGCAGGUGGUGAGGCCAGCGGCUCUGUGUCCUACAAGGAAGCUGAGAGUGACAAGGGGAAAACCCAGAGCCAGCCUGCAGACGAAGAGGAGGAAGAGGAGGAGCCAGACGUGUACUACUUUGAAUCUGACCACCUGGCCCUUAAACACAACAAAGAUUACCAGAGGCUGCUGCAGACCAUCGGGGUUCUCGAGGCCCAGCGCACGCAGGCCAUCCUGGACCUGGAGACGUUGGCGUGUCACCAGCGGCGGGCGCUGUCCGAUCCCAUCAGCUUUGUGGAACAGCUGCAGAAACAGGAGAACCUGGGCCUGCCGUGUCCUCAGCGAGUCGUCCAGCUCCCUGAGAUCUCCUGGGAACAGUACACCUCAGGACUCAGCGACUUUGAGAGGGAGUUCUGCGACAAGAAGCGCAAAACACGGCGUCUGAAGCUGAUCUUUGACAAAGGUUUGCCGGCGAGACCCAGCAGUCCUGUGGAGCCGAAGAAGGAGGGCGAGUGCUCCACCAUGUACUCCUCCCUCCCCACGAGUGACGCUCUGGAGAAUGGAGGGCAAACACAGAUGAUCAGGGGGAGGAUCUGUCACCCAAACAAACCUGACACGUUCAACCAGCUGUGGACGGUGGAGGAACAGAAAAAACUGGAACAGCUUCUCGUCAAGUUCCCUCCGGAGGAAAUUGAGUCCAGAAGGUGGCAGAAGAUAGCUGAUGAGCUGGGGAAUCGAACAGCCAAACAGGUUGCCAGUCGGGUUCAAAAGUACUUCAUCAAACUGACAAAGGCUGGAAUCCCUGUUCCUGGACGGACGCCCAACCUGUGCAUGUACACCAAGAAGGCUUCCAACAAGAGACAGCACCACCUGAACAAGCACCUGUACCGACCCUCCACCUUCAUGACCUCCUACGAUCCUCCCGUCUUCAUGGAGGACGAUGAAGAGCGCUCGGCGUACUACGGCAGCCUGCAGGACCACACAGCUGACGACUCGGAUGACGAAGGUGUACCUGUGGAGCUGAGAAGUUUGCCAGAAUACAAAGAGCUGGUGGAGCUGAAGCGGUUGAAAAAGCAGAAGCUCCAGGAGAUGCAGGAGGACAAGGCUGCCGUUCGACACGUGGGCUUCAAGUGUGACGUCUGUGGGAUGGAGCCCAUCCAGGGAGUGCGGUGGCACUGUCUGGACUGCCCCCCAGAAAACGCUGUGGACUUCUGCUCCAACUGCUCCGACUGUUUGUUCAAGACAGAGACCCACAAACCCAACCAUCACCUGGAGCCUGUGAACCAGGCAGACAGCUUCCUGGACAGAGACUACUGCCUGCCUCAGAGCGCCGGCUACAACUACCUGGACCCUAAUUACUACCCGGCCAACAGAUGACAGGGGCCCGUGCGGCCCUGUAGCUCCAGGCUCCCACAGACCACUCUGUGCAUGGCUCCAUCCUCCAAGUCCAAGAAAUCAGCUCAACCCACCGCCAGGUAGGAAAGCCAGCAAGCAGGCAGGCAACCAGCCGGGGCCUGAGAGCAGACCACAGCCCUGCUGCUGCUGCUGCUGCUGGUGAUGAUGAUGAUGAUGAUAAUCAUGGGGGAGGGGGGGUUGUUGGUUAACUGGCCUCCCUGACUCAAGCAUCGGGCGGCCAUGUUGGUUCCUUAAAGAAUUAAGGCGCCACGCUUCACUUCAGCCAGGUUAAUCAGUGGAUCUGUGGUUUAAAACAACAAAACACUAUUUAAAAGAAAAACAAACGAGAAAAAACGAGACUCACACACACACACACACACACCGACAUUCCCGAGCUCUGGGACUCCUGGAGGACGACUCCUCCUCUCCUCUCCUCUCCUCUGCUCCUCUGUGUCAUCACCCUACAUUCACCUCCCUGCUGCUUCAGAACUGGAGACUUGACGAUCAGUCUGGUUGAACGGAGACGUGUGGCCCACCAGUUUGUGGUCCACGUGGACUGUGAAGUCAUCAACCCAAAAAACACACGGACUGUUUUUAAAUGUAUGAGUGUGUGUGUGUGUGUGUGUGUGUGUGAGAGAGAGAGUGUGUAAGUGGUCUCUGUACUAAGCAAGAGUGAAACAAAUGUUUUAGGUAGACAUCUGUAGACUGAGUAUUUAUGAUCCGCAGCUUCCUCCUCCCUGAGAGGCUGCGCCGGGACGGGUCCACAUCCAGGAACGUUCUGGAGUGAGUUCCUCUUUAGACAGACCUUUAUUUGCUAACAAACAAACAAAAAAACAUCUACCACGUCUCAACACCAAGCUGUCUUUACCACCUCCACACAAACGUCACUCUCUUACACACACACACACACACACACACACACAUACACACACUGUUGUCACACCAGUUUUCUUUCUCCUCGUCCCUCCAUCCACUAAGACGUGAAGCACUACAGCAUCCAGGGCAGAGACUAAAGAUUCACAUCUGUCCUUUGGUUCCUUCUGUUCUCUUCUUUUUGUUCCCAUUGAUUUACACUGUCGUUCGUUCUGUUGAGUGUCCAAGUAUAUGGUGAAGAAGUAGCCAGUGCUAGUUGCUGUGUGCCAUUUUUAAAACAAAGAAGAAAAAAAAAUCCAAAAUUGUUACUUGAGGGCCUCAAACCGUCUCCCUCGUCUGCGUGGUGCCAUCCACCCACGUCGUCCUCCAUCGUUGAUCCCGUCAUCGCACCUCUAGAUCUUUAAUUUUGCCGGCCCACACUCUGAAGAGGAAAAAUGUCAGUUUAAAAGAUUGUAUUUUUAUUGAUCUAUUUAAAACAAAAAAAAAGAAUAAUUGAGGUUGUGGUUGGUGCCUCCACAGUGGAACGACCCACACUUUUAUACACAUAGAUUUUGUUGUGCUUGAGUAGACACCAGUUUGUAUGGUUUUUGUUCCCCAAAUGCCCCCGACCCCAUGUUUUCCCAGCUUCGGUAUCUGAUGUUCUGUCUGUUCUUAUGUAAAAAAAUGUAAAAAAAAUGCUAGAGGAGAAACGUGGAAAUAAAAGUAUGUGAAAAUAA